GCUUCCAGUGAGACGAGAUGGGAUGAGAGGCGGCAGCUGGUAAACUGUAAACAGACAGAGACGCCGAGGAGAUCCAACCUCUGAGCAGACUUCAGUCAUCCCUGACAUGACCUCCUCUGCUGUGACCUGACCCCAACCUGACUCUGGCUUGACCUGGCAUUCAUCCCUGGUCCCAGAACAGCAAGAUAAGACCCGUAUCUAGCCAGCCUGAGAGAAGUCCAAGGGGAAAAUCAGUAGGGGUCCGAGGUGAAAGGAUCUUUUGCUCCUGAUCCUGACCUGACCUGACACUCAUCCCUUUGACCACGAUAAGAAGAUAACAGCCAAGAUAACACGCACAUCCAGCCAGCCAGAGAAGAACUGAGGGGGGGGGGAGAAAUUGUGGUCUGAGGUGGAAGUGUUGUGUUGGUUUGUGUCGUGUCGUGGUGAUGAAGGUAACGGUGAAGUGGAGCGGGAAGGAGUACGAGGUGGAGGUGGAGGAGGACACCAUGACCGUCAAGGAGUUCAAGGACGCCAUUGAGGGUCUGACAGGAGUGAUGCCACAUAGGCAGAAGCUCCUCAACUUAAAGGUCAAAGGAAAGUAUCCAGAUGAUGACACAAAGAUGGGAGCAGUUGGCCUCAAACCAGGGACCAAGAUCAUGAUGAUUGGCUCCCUGGAGAGCAGUGUAGCGGAGGCCCAGCGCAUCCCAGAGAACUUGCCGCCCGUCAUCAAUGACCUGGACAUUGAGGAGGAGGAGGUGGCCAUUGAGAACAGGGCCGAGUACUUACAGAAGGUUCAGAAGAGAGUCAAGGAGUACAAGGUAAAGCUUCUGAACGACAUGCGGCCAGGGAAGAAGCUGCUGGUGCUGGACAUUGACUACACACUCUUUGACCAUCGCUCCACUGCCGAGACUGGAGCUGAGCUGAUGAGGCCAUAUUUGCACGAAUUCCUUACUUCGGCUUACAAGAAUUACGACAUAGCAAUCUGGUCGGCCACGAGCAUGAAGUGGAUUGUGGAGAAGAUGAAGCUACUUGGAGUGUCCAGCCACCCAAAUUACAAGAUUGCCUUCUACCUUGACUCCUUGGCCAUGAUCACCGUCGAGACUCAGAAAUAUGGUGUCAUUGAGGUGAAGCCACUGGGUGUGGUGUGGGGCAAGUACAGACACUACACCCAGCAGAACACCAUCAUGUUUGACGACCUGCGCCGCAACUUCCUCAUGAACCCGCAGAAUGGCCUCAAGAUCCGUGCAUUCCGCCAGGCUCACGUGAACCGCCUGACGGAUCGGGAGCUGCUGCGUCUGGCCUCCUAUCUCGAGGACAUUGCCAAGGUGGAGGACAUCUCAGCCCUCAAUCACAGCAAAUGGGAGCACUACCGCAAGGAGGGGUACAACUGACCCUGCCCUAGUCUGCUGCACAGGGCUGCGGCUUCCUUGUUCACCCCCCGGCCAAGCCCUGCACUGCUAGUCAGUUGCUGAUUGUGGUCACAUUUGUGUAAAUGCUGCUGUCAUCAGUGCUACAGUGGCUGGAGGAUCUGGUUAUUUCUUCGUCAGUGGGAGUGACAGAUCCGCACGUGAUGGUGGCAAUAUUUUCAUUGUGACCACAGUUGUGAAUGACUUAGAGUGCUGGAGGUGUGAGUCCAGGGUUACCUAGGGAGUCUGGGGGGGAAGAUUGACUUUAAGGUGCCUUGCUUACAGUCUUUUAGUUGGUGGUGCUCCCCAGAGUCCCUAAAGAGGCUGAAGAAACAGGUUGACGUGCACUGCUUGGUGGCAACUCGCCUGUGUGCUGCUCAAAAUUACCUAAGGGACGGCUUGCCUGUGGGGGCAUGGCGGCCUGUGGCUGCAGAGUCACGCUAGUUGCUUCAAGUCAGUAAGCUUAGAAGUCCACCAUUCAUGGCAGACUCCUCACUUCUUAAGAAUAAGCCAAACCCUUAUUUUUUGUACAUUUUGUAAAGGUAAUACAGGUUGACCAUCAGUAUUUCAGCAUCCUCAGUUCCAGAACCAUCCCAAGUUAAUGGUUUUCCCUUGACACCAUUAAUAUACCUCCUGAUAAGCCUGGUGUGCCUGGCAUGCCAAACAUUGUUUCCAGAUUAGAUGAAACAGUUACUGCAUUAAAUUAGAUUAAACAAAUAUCAUGAAACAGGAAAUAGGAAACAAGCCAGGCAAACUUGUUGAUCUACUCUGCUGCUUCUUUCACAUUUGCACAACAUUUUUACAAACUUCACACAAUUGUGUGUGUUGUUACAUUUGCAUUUUGUGCCACAAUUACCACUGCAUAUUUAAAAGAUAGAGAAUAUAGCCAGAUGAAAAUAUGAUGGAUUAGAUGAUGCCAAAGCACUGAUGGUCAGCCUGUAUCUCAGAACAGACCCAUGGUAGGAUGCCUGAGGAAAAUAAGCUAAGAUUUCUUGUACCUUAAAGGAAUAGACGUAUUGAAGGUGUGAGGAAAGAUGGUGUUGAAGGGCAGGUGAGGUGUGGUGGAGGAGGCUGCUGGCACAGGUCUGCCAUUUGCCAAUAGGAUCAUGAUGAGGUUGGUGUGUGACUGUUAGUCUUGUGUGUAAGCCAAGUUGUCUGUCUGUGCAUGUUUGUGCAUGAAUUUAUCUCUUAUACAGGAUCUAUGAAAGUGUGUUGCUGGGGAAUGGAUCACCAAGUCUCCUACUUAAGAGGAAGUUAAAUUUUUUUACUAGUUCUGAGUACAGUAAAAUCCCUCUCAUCCGGCAUUCGAGUAUCCGGCAGCUUCAAGUAUCCGGCACAUUUUUCCCUGAGCCUUAAAAUCAAUAAAAAAUCAAUGUGUACUCAUAAAAUCUAUUAAAAUUCCCGCGCGAGGCAUACUUUGUCCCCUCGCCACCAGAGCGCACUGCGUCGCACCACCUGCGGCCCACUGCACUGUUUACUCAGUGACUCAGUCCCGCAUGUGCACUGUUUAUCGCCUGACGUGUUCAUCAUGCCUAAAGUUGUAGAAAAGAGGAAGGGUGUUGUGCUUACACUUAAGCAGCUGAUCAGAUCAGCUGAUCUUUGUUAUGGUAAGAUGCAUGAGUGUAGGGUGAUGAUUGUGGACAUAAUUUUACUUCUAUUCAAGUAUCCGGCAUGUCGGCGGUCCCGUUGAUGCCAGAUAAGAGGGAUUUUAUUGUGUAUUAUGUAUUCUUGUGGUCUUUCCUCCACCUUCAGUGUGCUGCAGCAUUUUUGUGAUGCUGUUAUGCAUGACAUGCAAGCUCUAGUGAGGGAUGAAAUGGAGAGAAAACUGCUUUACCUUCAGAGGAGGAAGGCAGUGAGGCAGGACAGAUGAGGGACUUAGGCAGUGUGUGAUUGGUUGCCUGGUGGCUGGGUGCUUAGUAAUGGAUGCAACACUUCAUAAUUUGCUCUCACAGUCUGUUUUAAAUGUUUCCAGUGUGCAGCUGGUACAGCACUCCUCUGUAUGCAUGAGACAAGUGUGUACUGAGAAAAAAAAGUAUGUGAUUUCCUUGUAGUAAGGAGAGAGGAGCAUGUUCUCAGAAUGUAUUACUUUACAUUCACAUAACCUACACUCACAAAUUCUCAUUUAUAUGAUCUAUAGUUACCAUAAGUCUCAUCUCAAAUCUGAAAUGUAUUUUCAGAAAUAUUCUUGUAUUCACAAUUCCUUCCUACUAAUUAAUGGAUUUUGAAAAAUGGUUUAGUGUCAGCUUGUCAUUCCUUCACCUUGACUGGGUUCUGGUUGGGCAUCUCAGAACACACACGGCCUCAUCAGGGACCUGGCAGUGCCACAGCUGUCCUCUUGUGUCAGGCAAAGCUGCCACAGUGACCUCACACCCUAGGCAACCGUGGUGUGAGGUAUCCUGUGCUAUGAGUGCAUCCAGACCUUGAUAGUCUAAACUAAUGUGGGGUACCUUAUAUCAUCACCCCAUGUUGAGGCCUUGCAUGCCCUGGGAAGCCUUAGGGCAAUUGUGCUGUGUGUCAGGGUGUGUAUGAGGUAGUCUAAUGUCUUCCACCUGCCAACUGCACAGUGCCCCUGGUAAGAAGAGAAAGUGUGAUAUCUUUUUUCCAAGUGUGUGGUGGACAGACUCCACUCAGUGUUUGUGCCUCAUGCAGAAGUUUACCACAAUGGAUCAUCAAAUUGUUUGUAAAUUUCCAGUGAUCUGCCUUUCAAUUGUCUCAUGCUGAAUUAUGCAUAUUCCAAUCUAAUUCUUAAAUAGUUAAGUAAUAUUCCACUCCAUGAUAAAAUAUGUAAAUAAAAUGUUAGAUAUAACAAUGAUUAUCUUGGUUUUCUGGUUUGGUCAGAGGCAUUUUUGGCCACUGUAAAACUCCAGCAUGUUUAAUUUGUAACCCAAAUGUUGAUAUCAUGUCACUGAUGAGGAAUAAUAUUGUCUUCACUCAAAAUGGUGAAUGACAUUGGUGCAUGAGUACUCACUGCAGAUGUAGAAGGUUAUCAGUACUGAAUGUCACAUCCCAACACAUCCAGGUUUCAAAUCUAAAGAAUAUUUGAAUUUAUCUAUAGCACCAGUUGACUCAAGAAUCCUGCACUAGAGGAAGGAUUAGUGAAUGACAAACUAAUGUUACUUUGUUAUCAGUUCAUAAAAAAUUUCUUCUCAAACAUUAAAACUCAUGUGAAUCAGAUGAUUAACUAUCAAUGAAUAAAAAAUUCCUACCUAAAAUCUUACAAGUUGUGUGAAUUUGAGUUUCAGCAUUUCAGAUUUGGGCAACACUUACUUGUUGCACGUCACCAACACUAAGCUGGUGGAAGGAGUGGCCAAGACUGCCUCCCGCUGCCCUGUGGGGAUGCCAGGCAGGGAAUGGUUGGUCUUGGCUUCCUCUCACUGUAACACAAUCCCACUUCACAAUAAUUGUUCAUCAGGAGUUGCCACUACAAUGUGUAUAAAGUAUGUUGGGAUCAUUGCUCCAUCUCACACACAUUAUGUUUCUUUUCUGAACCAUUCCAUUGUACUCUAUUCCUGUAAAUGAAUGAAUCCAUCCAUCCAUUUCAUCUGAUUAAAGCUACAGGCAGUUCAA